AUGGCAAUUAAAAAAAAAAAGAAAGAGACAAUAUGUAAAGAUAAUAAUAAUAAUAAUAAUAAUAAUAAUAAAUUAAGAAGUGAAAAGAAAAAAUUAGCACACUUAGAAAAUGGAAGAUACGACAAAAAGAUAGUAGAAACAUACGAAGAACAUGCAGUAAGUGGGAUGACACAAAAUAAAAAUGAUAGUAAUAAAGAUAAGAAUCCUUAUGAUAAUCAUAAAGAAAAGAAUCCUUAUGAUAAUCAUGAUAAUCAUGAUGAUGGUGAUGGUGGUGAUAGUUAUGAUGAUGUUUAUUAUGAUAAAUCAGAACAUGUAAAUAUAAAAUAUUUAAAUGAAAUAGAUAAUGAAAUUGAAAAAGUGUCUAAAAGAAUUUAUGAAGAAAAUAGUAAAAUAAAAAAAAUCUCUUUACAUCAUAAAAUAUUAAAAGAAGAAUUUGAAACCAAACAAUUAAUUGAACAGAAUGAUAAAAAGAAAAAAAACUCAUUAGAUUAUUAUAAAAAAGUUACAAUUAAAUUAAAAAAUAAUAUUAAUAAUAUGGAAGAAUAUAUAAAUAAUAUUACAAAUGAUAUUAAUAUAUUAAAGGCACAUAUAGAUGAUGAAAGAAACGAAAGAAUCAUAUAUAAUAAUAAUAUGAAAAUAUUAAUAAAUGAAUAUAAUUCUUUAAAAAAAAAUAUACAAGAUUUGAUCAUACAAGAAAAAGAACAAUAUAAAUUCAAUGAUAAAUUGAAAGAUGAAAUAAGAGAAUUAUAUAAAGAGAAAGAAAAUAUGGAAAAAAAACAUAGAGAAAAUUUUAAAAAGCUUCAACAAAAAAUUAAAGAACAAAAAAUAUUAUCUUAUGAAAAUAAAAUGAAUGAUAUAACAAAGGAUAAGGAAAAUAAUAAAAUGGAAAAUGAGGAAAAAAUUGUAUCUAACAAUAAACAUAAUAAUAAUAUGAAUAAUAUGAAUAAUAUGAAUUAUAAUAAUAAUAAUAUCCAUUGUAAUAAUAAAAUAUCAGAAAAAGACAAUACGAUGAAUAUAUUAAAUUACUAUCAAGAUGAAAAGAAAAAACAACUACAAAACAAAAUUGUAUUUUUAAAAAAAUUGUGUCUUCGAAUAUUAUUCAUAAAUGAAUAUCAAAUAUAUAAUAUUAAAAAACUUGAAGAAAAUAUAAAUAAUAUGAAUAAUGCUAUAAACUCUAUAAAUCUAAUAAGUUAUAAGAAAGGAGAUUUUGAUCAUAUCAUUAUUAAUUUAAAUGAUUCGAAAGAAAAAAAUUAUAGUCUUAUCUCUAGAAUAAAUCUAUUAAAUUAUGAAACUAAUGUUUUAAAACAAAUGAUCAAAAAAAUGAAAGAAAAAUUCAAACAUUUAAAUUUACAAAACGAUGAAAUUAUCAAUCUUAAAUAUGAUAUAUCAAAUAAUAUGAAUGAAAAAAUAAAGAAUAUCAAAACAUCCUUACUUACAAAUAAAGAAACAUGUAAUCUUAAAAAAAAAUGUUUCGAUGAUUGUCUAGUAUAUCUAAAACAAUUAUAUACAUUUAUAAAAAAUUAUGAAAACAAUAAUGAUAAAUUAAAUAUUAAAAGCCAAAUCAUAAAUAAAGAAAAAUAUAUACAUUUUAAUUAUAUACAUAAAUAUAAUGAAGAUAUAUUAGUAGAUGAAAAUUAUAUUAAUGACUUUUUAAUAUUUAUAGAAAAAUAUAUUUAUUCACUUAAUUUCUAUCUACCAACACAAAAUUUUAAUUAUAAAAAUUAUAUGUUAUAUAAUGAAAGUAUACAUAAUAUAACACUGAAAAAUGAAGAAGACUCAAAAGAAUACAUCUAUCAGAAUGACACAUCUGAAUUGAAUACACAUGAUCAUAAUUUAUUACAAGAUUCUUUAAAUUUAAAGCAACAAGAAGAAAAUCAGAACCACAUUCAAAGAAAAGAACACAAAUAUGAGGAAGAAACACAAGAGGAUGUAAAAGAUGAACAUUUUGAUGUAGAACAUGUGAAGAAUCCAAAUGAUGAUACAUCAAGUACUAACAAUAUGACCACUCAUCAUUCUAAUGAAAACAAUUUGAUCACUCAUCUUACUAAGGAAGACGAUAAGAUAAAUGAUCAGUUUCAAAGUGAAAAUAUCUUGCAGAAUGCAAAUAUAAAUAAAGAAAAUAUUUUAAAAAAUAAAAAUAAUAUGGAAGAUCAAAAUAAUGUGGAAGAUCAAAAUAAUAUGGAAAAACAAAAUAAUAUGGAAGAUCAAAAUAACAUGGAAAAUCAAAAUAAUAUGGAAGAUCAAAAUAAUAUGGAAGAUCAAAAUAAUAUGGAAAAACAAAAUAAUAUGGAAGAUCAAAAUAACAUGGAAAAUCAAAAUAAUAUGGAAGCUCAAAAUAAUAUGGAAGAUCAAAAUAAUAUGGAAGAUCAAAAUAAUACGGAAGAUCAAAAUAAUAUAGAAGAUCAAAAUAAUAUGGAAAAACAAAAUAAUAUGGAAGAUCAAAAUAAUAUGGAAGAUCAAAAUAAUAUGGAAGAUCAAAAUAAUAUGGAAGAUCAAAAUAAUAUGGAAAAACAAAAUAAUAUGGAAGAUCAAAAUAACAUGGAAGAUCAAAAUAAUAUGGAAGAUCAAAAUAAUAUGGAAGAUCAAAAUAAUAUGGAAGAUCAAAAUAAUAUGGAAGAUCAAAAUAAUAUGGAAAAACAAAAUAAUAUGGAAGAUCAAAAUAACAUGGAAGAUCAAAAUAAUGUGGAAGAUCAAAAUAUUAUGAGGGAUGAAUUACAAAGCAGUAAAGAAGAUGAAGAAUUUAAAACAAAUGAUGAUACAAAAAAUAUCGUAAGUGAUGAUGACAAUAAAAAUUAUAUAUUAAAUCAUUUUAAUUCUAGAAAUAUUGAAUAUGAUAAAUUAAAAGAAGAAAUACCUAAUGAACUUUUAAAUGUUAAAUAUGACUCUUCCAAAAAAACUACAGUAAGCACAAAUUAA